AUGUCCACUUCGCCUCAACUUUGGUCCACCACAAUUGUCGCAGGCCCAUGGAACUUGUGGAUCACGAUAAACCCUUCAGACAUCCACGACCCGAUUGCGCAGGUGUUUGCAGGUGAACGAAUCGACCUUGACAACUUCCUUUCCACCGCUGGACCUGAUAGUGAUGAGCGUGGUCGCAAUAUUGCCGCAGAUCCGUAUGCAGCAGCCAAAUUCUUUCACUUCAUGAUACGACUCAUCCUCGAGAUCCUCUUUGGCAUGGAAUGCUCUUCUUUUCAAGCUCGCAGUCACAUGGGGAUCCUCGGUGAACUUGCCGCUUACUUUGGCUUGGUUGAGGGACAAAAUCGGGCGUCUCUUCAUUUUCAUUUGCUGGCUGCGCUCAGACAUGCCCCCAAUGCAGAUGAGAUGAUUGAGCUCCUCAAGAGCGAGACGUUCCGCCACUGUAUCAUUGCCUACAUCAAGGAGAAUCUGCGUGCUUAUCUCCCUGGGCUAGAGAGCGAAGCAUCAGUCAAGCAAUUGCCAGUUGAGAAGGAGAUCGCUUACAACCGACCUCCUCAUCCCGAUGCCAGUGAUUACAGUGCCCAGCUUGCCGCUUUCGAGAGACGUGUUGUCCGCACAGAGCAAGUGCAUACUUGUGACAUCAGGCGUUGUCUCGUGGUGACGAAAUCGGGUCGAUUGCGGUGCAAGCAGAGGGCGCCUUUCCAAUGUGCUGAAGAGGACUUCGUACACGAGAGUGGCGACUGGGGACCCAAGCGCUUAUACCCGUACCUGAAUGCAUGGAUUCCAGGUGUAUCAGUCAAUGUGCGUUGCAACAACGACAUGAAAUUUCUGACACACGGUACUGCAACACAAAGUGUCGCGAUGUAUAUCGUUGGUUACGCGGCAAAACCACAGAUGCGACACCACAAUACUUCAGCUAUUCUUGCCAAGGGUUAUGCAUACCAUGUUGCGCAUCCUAACACAAUGGCCGGUGAACUGGUCACAAGCUUGCGCGACAAGCAGCAGCUUAUGCUCUUCUGCCUGAUCCAUGCGAUAAAUCGCGAGCAAGAAUUGGGUGCGCCCAUGGUUGUGUCGUAUUUGAUGGGGUGGGGUGACAGGUACCACUCACACAACUACGUGCCAAUCUAUUGGACGUCAUUUGUCUCAGCCCUGUUGCGUGCGCACCCCUUGCUCAAAAGGAAAAGGCACACCAAUAACAAUGUCGAUGUCGCACCUAACCCUGCUCUCGCUGGUGGCACAUCCACAGAGCAUGCCGACGAUGAGAUCACCGGCGCCUCGAAUGUGACAUUGCAGUUGAACUCCGCCGGUCGUAUCUUUGUCAAGUCGCAAGUGAUCGAUUAUUCGCAGCGGGGCACAGAGUUGGCGGACUAUAACAUGAUGGAUUAUUUUGUGGACACAUACGAAAGUGACAUAUCGUCCAAGGAACGCGAGAGUGGAUGCCAGCCAACCGACGAGGUCACACAUGACACUCACCCAAGUCACGACCAAAAGCAGCGCAUCAUCCGUUUAGUCGGUCACAACACCUUUCCCAAUUUCAUCGGGCAGUGGUUCCCGAGGCGCGAUGACGAAGAGGACCAAGACUUUUACAUGGCGUGCAUGCUCAUGCUUUUGAAACCUUGGCAUGUGCUGCAGGAUGACCUGAAGACAAUUGAUCAAACCUGGCCGGCAGCAUUCGAUUUGUUUUACCAAUCGGCGUCUCCGCGCAUUCAUGACCUCCUGGCGAAUAUCCAAUUCUAUCACGGUUGUGAAUUGGCGGCUUUGGCCAGCAGAAACGACGUCGAAGAGCUCGAUGACGCAGAUCAAAGGGUGCACUCGCCCGACAAUGAUGGGAUCCCAGCGCUUGGAGAAGAUGCCCUUCACCUCACAGACUCUGUGAUCACGGAAGAAGCUAUACAAAGCUUGAUCGACAAUCAAGUGUCAGCACGGGAAUACUCACAUGGACAAUUCGCAUUGGAGAUUGCGCGUCUUGUGAAGAUCUUCGAGAUGGACGAGUCUGCCUGGAACGUUGAGGUUGUACCAUCGACUAUUCAAGUGGCACCUGCGGUCGGCAGUGACUUUGUCAAACUUAUCGCGUGGCGAAAGCAGCUGGACAACCAUCUCCGUGUGCAGAAUGGAGGGUUCUCGCCUGCUGAUGGCACUGGUCACGCAAAUGAUGCAACGGCGAACGGUCAAGCUGCUGAACCCUCACCUGUGGCGCCCAGUGUUGAACGCAUCACAUCAAGCACGAUUGAAAGGGCCACAUUGCAGGCAUCCACAUACAAAGAGUUCUCCAAUUGUCCAUCGUCCCUGGGCAGCACGUCAGAACCCGAUAUUGUAUUACAGCCGGACCAGCAACGUGCCUAUGACAUUAUCACUUGGCACCUUGCGCGCUCGCUGGCGGGUGACGAUGUGCCUCCCCUGCGCAUGCUCAUACACGGAGAAGGUGGAACGGGCAAAUCAAAAGUGAUAACGAAAGUAACGCGCAACUUUGAGGAGCGAGGGGCGAAAGGGCGCCUGAUCAAAGCCGCAUACACCGGCAUUGCAGCAUCGUUGAUCGAUGGUAAAACGACACACAUUAUCGGUGGCAUAUCUGCCAGUGGGAGAAUGAGUGACGCCAACAAAGGGAAGUUGCAGGAGUUUUGGAAAGGAUAUUCUUACCUGAUCAUCGACGAGAUUUCCAUGAUCAGCAAGGACUUCUUGGCGCAGCUUUCACGUAACAUUGGAAUUGGGAAGGCGUCGAGCAGCGACAAGUCUUUUGGCGGCAUCAAUGUCAUUUUGUGUGGCGACUUCCAUCAAUUCCCCCCGGUGGCCACGUCACCGACACAAGCAUUGUACCAUCCCCCGCAACCUGGCGACAGUCUCAAUACCAAAGUUGGAAGGUCAAUCUAUGAAGAAUUCACCACAGUGGUGAUAUUGAAACAGCAGAUGCGCGACACAGACGUCGUUUGGCUUGAUUUCCUUCGGCAUCUGCGCGUCGGAGACGUUCAAGAGCAUCAUCUCGCAAUGUUGAGGACGCUUGUCAUACGACCGCAGGACAACAUGAACACAGGGCCGUGGAAGGACGCAACGUUGGUUAGUGAUGAUCUCUGGCGGAAAGUGCAGAUACUGACGAGCGACAAAAAGGUCACGCCCCGUCACGGUAUCUUCAUUUGCAAAGCUGAAGACAGUUACCGGGGGGAGGCGCUGUCAAUGAAAGAUCGUUAUGCACUCGCUGAACACCUGUGCAGCAAGAAACGCACCAAGAACAGUAUGAAGAAGGAUCUCGUGCACAGCAUGGAACUCGCAAUCGGGAUGGAAGUCCUUGUGACAAAUAACAUUGAGACGGAUCUCGAUCUGACCAAUGGUGCAAGAGGAAUCAUCCAGUCGAUUGUGCUGCAUCCCGACGAAGGUGAACUUGGGCAUGAGACCAUUGUCAUGCUCAAGAAGCUACCCGCCUAUAUCCUGGUUAGAUUUGAGCGGACAAAGGCAGCGAGACUGGCAGGGCUGGACAUGGGAGUCCUUCCGAUCGAGCCAGCAAAGACAACGUACCGUGUCAAAACCACUAUUUCGGGGGGAGCCGCGGUUACCAAAACAAUCCAGCGAAGGCAGUUUCCACUAACAGGCGCGUACGCAUUCACGGACUAUCGUUCGCAAGGUCAGACGUUGAAGAAUGUCCUCGUCGACAUCGCGACACCGCCCAGCGGAGGGCUGAGUCUAUUCAAUGUUUACGUCGCGUUAUCACGCAGCUCGGGCAGGGAGACGAUUCGACUGCUUCGUGAUUUCGAUGACGCGACGUUCGAAAAAGGCCACGACGUGGCAUUGCUGCAGGAAGAUGCAAGAUUAGAGAGGGAUAAUGAGAAAUGA